AUGCUAUCGUCUCUUAUAAAAGAACACCAAGCUAAACAAUCUGCGAAAAGGACAACUCAAGAACUAAAAAGAAAGGAAUGUAUAUCUGCUGCCAAUGAUUUAACACAGGCCCUUGUAGAUCACCUAAAUGUUGGAGUGGCACAAGCAUAUCUCAAUCAAAAGAAACUUGAUGCAGAGGCAAAGUUGUUACAUCAAGGGGCUAUAAAUUUUUCAAAACAAACUCAGCAGUGGGUAGCUCUUGUAGAACAUUUCAGCAGUGCUUUAAAAGAAAUUGGUGAUGUUGAAAACUGGGCAAGAAGCAUAGAAAAUGAUAUGAAGAUUAUUACUAACACCCUUGAGAGGGCUUAUGAGACAACAAGAGAUCAACCUGGUAGUAGUUAA